AUGCCGUCACGGCUCAUUGUUCCAGACGAGAACACAGGACUGCUAGCACAGAUAGAUGGACUAGCAAGCGGCUACAGAACGCUGCCCGCGAGCAUCCCGAACACGCCGCGCUACCCGCUUAGCAGGCAGCAUAGCCAGGUGAACACGGGACGCUUGAGAGCCGUAAGCCGGCGUGCAUCAUUCGGCGGACGUCUUGCAAGAGCGCUGGGUACAGAUGCAAACCAGAUUGAACCGAAUGACGUGGAGUCAACGAAGCAGUCUUCUUAUUUCGACGAUCGGGUGUGGUACGAUCAGUUCACUUCGACCGAUUGGGUACACGACAGCAUCGCGGACGCUUUUCGCGUGAAAGAGCUCAGAAGCCGGAAGGAUUUCAGGGGCAGGGUGCGGGCAUUAUUCGACGCCGGACAAGGCUGGAUCAUAGUCGCAAUUAUUGGCGUGAUCACGGCCGGCUUUGCGUAUGUCAUCGACGUUACGGAAGCCGGUCUGUUCGACUACAAGUCUGGAUAUUGCACAAGGCGCUGGUACUACAGUAAGAGAAGGUGCUGCACUGGCGCCAGUAUAUGCGACGAUUGGGCACGUUGGUCGGAUCUUCUGCACAUACAAGGCGACAGUAAGAUGUGGACGGACUUCGUGGCGUACAUUAUCUGGGUGGUUGUGCUAGCCACUCUGGGGUGUGUCGUUACAUUGCAAACGAAGACGGUCGUCUCCUCUGCCAUCUCACUUUCUACGCUAGAUGAAAAUCUGGGCGCCGACCGUCACCACUCCUCCAAGGAUGACACGGAAGGCCGCAGAGCAAGCAUGAGCCCAACCCGGAGAUUCGAGGAGGCUGCCCAACGACCGCCCGUCAUCUACUAUCCGGCGGCCGGCAGUGGAGUCGCCGAAGUCAAGGUCAUACUGUCCGGCUUUGUCCUGCACGGCUACCUCGGUCUCAGAACGCUUAUUGCAAAGACCAUCGGCCUGAUACUGAGUGUCGCAUCUGGUCUGUCGAUUGGCAAAGAGGGCCCGUACGUGCACAUUGCGACCUGCAUCGGCAACAUCGCCUGUCGUCUGUUCGCAAAGUAUCGCACUAACGAUGGCAAACGACGCGAAGUACUCUCAGCCUCUGCAGCAGCAGGAGUCGCUGUGGCCUUCGGAGCGCCCAUUGGAGGCGUGCUGUUCAGCUUGGAAGAAGUUUCAUACUAUUUCCCACCGAAAACAUUGUUUCGGACCUUCUUCUGUUGCAUCGCCGCCGCACUUUCCCUGAAGUUUUUCAACCCGUAUGGCACUCAGAAGAUUGUACUCUUCCAGGUGCGCUACCUGAGCGACUGGCGCUUCUUCGAGCUGAUCGUCUUCGCACUUCUCGGCAUGCUUGGUGGCGCGACCGGAGCGCUGUUCAUCAAAGCGUCUCGCUUCUGGGCGCAGACAUUCCGGAAGAUCACCGUCAUCAAGAAAUACCCCAUCGUCGAAGUAGUACUAGUGUCAAUCAUCACUGGAUUGGUCAGCUACUGGAAUCGGUAUACGCGCUUACCGGUGGCCGAGCUGCUCUUCGAGCUUGCUGCACCUUGCGAUGCUUUCACCAGCAGCGGGACCGGAUUAUGCCCAACACAGGAUCGCAUACCCAGCAUCAUUUGGUAUCUAUGCGUCGCAUUCGUGAUCAAGGCUGCGCUUACUGUCGUCACUUUCGGUGUCAAAGUUCCAGCAGGCAUAUAUGUCCCGUCCAUGGUCAUAGGCGGCUUGCUGGGAAGAAUAAUUGGUCAUUGUGUCCAGUACUUGACACUCCGGUAUCCAGACUUCGGCCUCUUUGCAGGCUGUCCAGCGGACGGCAACCCUGAAGGCUGCGUGGUACCUGGCGUUUACGCGUUGGUGGCCGCUGGCGCCACCAUGUGCGGUGUCACUCGGCUUUCGGUAACGCUGGCCGUUAUUCUGUUUGAGUUGACUGGCAGCUUAGAGCACGUGUUGCCCUUCUCACUAGGCGUUCUCAUCGCGAAGUGGACGGCUGACGCUUUGGAACCCUUGAGCAUCUACGACCUCCUGACCGACAUGAAUGCAUACCCUUACCUCGACGCAAAGGCACGCCCGGUGUUCACGUCCGAGCUGGGCGAUAUCACAGAUCCACCCCGACGGAAUCGGUUCGUGGACAUUACGACCUCGCCUCUUGUGCCCGCCACUCAGUUGCGGAUGAAGCUGCAGUACCUGCACAUGGCCGGUGAGCUAGACGGAGGCCUUCCAGUCCUCCGAGAUGGCAUCUUGGUGGGCAUGAUACCCGCUCCCGACCUGGAAUACGCGCUCGACCGCCUCGAAAGCGACGAUAACAAGCUGUGUCUCAUGAGUCCUCGAGAUAGUCCACAAGACCAGUGGUCUGGACAGGAGAGCAGCGUCGCUGAAUCCAGGCAUGAUCCUUUUGGCCCGGAUGGUGCGAGUGACCGUCAACACGCGCCGGCGGAUGAGCACGACCUGACAGACUUCACGCCCUUUAUCGAUCCCGCUCCCGUGGCUUUGGACAUUACGAGUCCUAUGGAUCUGGUGUUCGAGUGCUUUGUCAAGCUUGGGUUGCGGUAUAUCUGCGUGCUUAGGGAGGGCAAGUACGCAGGGAUGGUUCAUAAGAAGCAGUUUGUUCGGUUUGUGAAGGAGGAGCAUGAGAAAGAGCGGAAGUAUAAGUAG